CCACAGUGAUUCCUAUUGUUUUGCUUUCGUCACUUGGCAGCUAAAGUACAGUAGCCAGUGGCCAAAGUCACCCUCCCUUCCUUGCAAAAUCCCAGAACCCCUGAAACCCUGCUUCCAUGGCGGAUCUUCUGAAAAACUCCAAGUAAGUCCAUCACUCCAGCGCCAUGGCAGAACGAAACCCCAAAUGCUUGAAAGCUAGCUUCUUUCCCCAACAUGAUCAAAACCCAUCCGAAAAAUCAGCCAUGAGAACGGAGCCCAUCAAGGCCAAUCUUUCCCCAGCAAGCGCAGAUGAUAAUUGUAAAGAAGAUCGAUUCAGUGCCUUGCCAGACCACAUACUCUUCAACAUUCUCUCAUUUCUUCGGACCAAAGAGGCAGCCUCCACUUCCAUUUUAUCCACUAGAUGGAGGUACAUUUUCUUGGAUCUUCCCAAAAUUGACCUUGAUGAUUAUGAGCUUGUUAAUACUAGAAGGUUUAGAGGCGAUGAAUCUGAUGAUUGCUAUCAUGAUGUGAUGGGGGAGUUAGAGGAGAAAUUCAUAGACUUUGUUGACAGACUAGUUAUGCAUCGUGAGUCGCCUCUAAGUGAGUUUCAUUUUAGCUGUGGGUGUGGAUGCCUGACUGACCAAACUAUUGUGGUUCGUUCAUGGUUAUCUUCUGUGCUUUCGCGCAAUGUUCAAGUUAUUGACGUGCGGGUCAAAUUUUAUGGUGGUGAGUUUUGGGGACCUGAAGUCUUUCCAUCUGAAAUUUUAACUUGCGAGACUCUUGUAGUCUUGAAAUUAGACGGAAAUGUUAGCCUGAAGGUUCCAAAAUUGCUUUGCUUGCCGAAUCUUAGAGUCUUGCAUUUGGACACUCUGACACUGCUAGGAGAUAGUACAGGUUCGACGCUCAAAUGGAAUUGCCCAUUGCUUGAUGAUUUAAGGAUUGAUCUGGUAAUUUUUUGUGAUGUUGGCUUAGUUGAUAUCAACCUCCCUUCGCUGACAAAGUUGGUGUGGGCAUCGGAAAAGGACAAGGUUGUUCUUAACACCCCAAAGCUCGAGUGUUUGGAGUACAGAUUUUAUGAAAGCAUACUCAGCUCAAAUUGCAAGUUCAAGUUUUUAACGAAAGCUGAUCUGCGUUGUGAAUAUCCGGAUGCAUUACCCGAGCACUUGGCUCACGAGCUUUGCCAACUUUUUGGUCAACUUUGCAAUGUAAAACAUCUUGAUCUAAGAGGGUGCUCUUUGGAGUCUCUCCUCAGGGAAGAUCAUUUGUUGCCUGAAUUUCUAAAUUUGACGCAUUUGGUGCUCAAGUGGACUUGGAUUGGAAGUUGGAAAUUCUUGGAGAUUCUACUGUGGAGUGCACCAAAUUUGGAGAUGCUAGUUUUUGAAUUAAUGCGUCAAUUUGAUAUGGCCUCUGGUAUACACCUCCACUGUGGUGCUAAAGAGAAACCUCAUUGUUUGAGUCAGCAUCUGAGGGAAGUGAAAAUAAUGGAAUUCGUGGAAUCUCACCAACUUGGCUUUGAGAUAGUAAGCUACUUCUUGAAGCAUGGGGCCGGGUUACAGAAGAUGACUAUAUAUCAUUCAAGAACUUCCCCAACUAAAUGGUCCUCAUCAACCCGCAAGAAGUUAAUGGAGUUGUCAAGAUGCUCAAGAAAUUGUGAGAUUGUGCUCAUUUAGCUUGUGGAGUAGAAUGGUGCACUAUAGAUAUUCAAAGGGGUAGAGGAGAUCGAAUAUGUGGCUUUUUUGAUGAAUAGAUGUUGAAGCAGCUUUCUAUUGUAGAAUUGCUUGUCGACUGUGGCGAAUGUUUCUUCCUCUAGAUGCCUUGCUUUUGAGUCCUUUCUAUGAAGUAUCAGGUCUUUU